AUGGGAAUUGUAAUAAAUAAUUCAAUUUUUUCCAUCCGAUUGUCCUUAACGGUUCUGAGUUUGGCGGGAUUUUGGUCCCCCGAGGGUAUGAAGGGUGGGCGUCGCUUACUUUACAAUUGCUAUGGUUUUGGAAUUUUCAUGUUUUUAUUGGGUACUUAUUUAAUAAUACAAAUCGUAGACUUGUAUUUAAUUUGGGGUAAUCUUCCCCUCAUGACUGGCACAGCAUUUGUCCUCUUCACUAACCUGGCACACGCUACUAAAGUUGUCAAUAUACUGGCAAGAAAGAAUGAAAUACAGAAUAUCAUCAACAAUGCUGACAAAGUCCUGACAAGAGCAAGAAGUGCUGAAGGCAGGGAGAUUGUUAGAAGAUGUGAUCGAGAAACGAAGGUACAGCAACUUAUGUUCUUUUUCCUAACUUUCAUCACUACCACUGGAUGGGCCAGCAGUCCUAAGAAGAAUGAACUACCGUUACGAGCGUGGUAUCCAUAUGACACCAGAAAGUCUCCAGCAUACGAAAUGACGUACUGCCAUCAGGUAGUAGCGAUUAUCGUGGCAGCGUUCCUGAAUGUGUGCAAGGAUACCCUGGUGACCUCUUUGAUAGCCCAAUGCAGAUGUCGUCUGCGUCUCGUCGGACUUUCCUUGAAGAAUUUGUGUAAUGAAGAAUAUCUAAUCGGAGAUUCACCGUCUGGUAUUUCGCUGGCUCCAUCACCCAAAACUCUGACCUUGACACCAGUUCAAGAGGAUCAAGUGAAGACCCGUCUCCGUGCAUGUGUGAUGCAGCAUCAGGAAGCUCUGAAAGCGGCACAGCAACUCCAGCAAUGCUUUUCGGAACCGACAUUUGGACAGUUCGCAGUAUCUCUCGUCAUUAUAUGCGUGACUGCUUUUCAGCUAAUUUCUCAAACCAGUAACCUAGUUCGUCUGUUUUCUAUGGGCACGUAUCUGCUAAAUAUGACGUUUCAAGUUUUUCUCUACUGUUACCAAGGGCACCAACUUUCUGUGGAGAGCGAAGAAGUCGCUGGAGCAGCUUACGAGUUCCCGUGGUACGCGUGCGGUGUGAGCGUGCGUCGAUCAGUAAUUAUACUAAUGAGGAGAUGUCGUCGCGUCACCAAGAUCACAGCUGGUGGCUUUACUACACUGUCAUUAGCUUCAUUUAUGGCUAUAAUAAAAUCUUCAUAUUCCAUGUUCACGUUGCUGCAACAAGUCAACGAGAGAAAUUAGAAACCUUCACUUUGAAUUCACAAGCGAAUGCCUUUAAAUAAAUAGUUUGCACGAUAUAUUAUUUUUCAUA